UAAGCCAAACAAUAAUUUAUUUGUCAUGUUAUUAGCAAGUACAAUUCUACUCUCGUGCUGCAGAUGAAAAAAAUCACAAGUGCAAAAAACCUAGCCUCGAAAGAAAGUUCUCCAGAAAAAUCAAACCAAAUUGAACUAGCACCACCUUCUGUACCACAAAAUGCGGAUAUUCCUUCCAUGUCGGACGAGGACAUUAUUCCAUUUAGUCCUCAUCCACAAGCAGAAACGAUCUCGAGCAAGCAUCGUUCUUUCAAAAGGAGACCCCCAGUUCUGCCUGAUGAUUACAGGAAAUUGAGAACAAAAAUUCCAGCCGAAGACAAGAAAAAUCAUAGCGAGAGAUGGAUAAGAGUCCAAGAGAUGCGCCGAGGACUGAUUCGUCCGCUUCGACAGAAUCUUGCCACAAAGAACUUAAAUUACACGUCUCACACAUAUUUCAACAACUUGUGGGCCGAAGCUCAUGUAAAUCUCCGAUCUUUAUUAAAAGAGGAGAAAACUCGUGGGACGAUUGCAGGAUCCGAUCUCAAACAAAUGUUUACCAUUUUAUCGGAAAUAUUCUACAAAUAUCUCAUUGUUUACAAGAAAAUGAAUGAAACUUAUGAUCAAAUGGUUCAUCCGCAAAAACGAAUUCUUGUACGGAAAAGCUUGGAUUUAGUAAUCACAAGACUUUUAGAAAUCCGUGCCGCUCUCGUUUCUACUGAAAGUUCAGAAUUUUAUUAUUUUGAUGAAUUGUCAUAUACUGAAAAAAUUCCCCCAUCCGAAUUUGAUGUUCCAAUACCAACAUAUUAUUACUACGACCCUCCCGAACAGCUCGUUUUAAGAGAUCGAUGGUAUGAGAACAUCAAAGAAAAAAAUAUCAAAGAUGUAGCUGACCGAUUAGCACUGGAAAAAAGAAUCCAAUUCAAGCUUGUCGAGGGAGAAAAAUGGACUAAAACGUCCCGUGUUAUCAAUGACGAUGACAUUCUUAUCGGUGGGGGGUCGGAAGAAGCUCCUUAUAUUGACCAAGCUUCUAUCAUUAUGAUUCAAGCAAUGGAACGUGCGCGACAAGGGAGGAUGAGAUACCGUGUGGCUAAAUAUUUACAUGAUGAAGAAGAAAGGGCGAAAACAAGGAAGCUUAAUGCUAAGAAACAAUACAUGGAUGUCGAGAAAGCCGUCGUUAUCAUUCAGAAAAUCAUCCGUGGGUUCUUAGCCCGUGUUCGUGUGAGAAGACAACGAGAAGAAGAAUUGGAACUUUUAGGAAUCCGUUGGACCACGCCAAACGAAUCUUCACUCCGAGGUCGUGCUCAACUAAAAUGCUUACGAAACGAGGAAGAGUUGGAACGUGCAAAAGAACGACGUCGAGUUACACGUCGCAGAAAUCAAAAAUUAUUUGAGGAAGCACAAAUUACUAUUCUCAACAGGUUAAGAUUGAUCGAAGCUCCAGAUAUGGCAGAAGAGUUUAAAUUCCAGUUACGAACUUGGAUGUUGGAUAUUAAAGAAACGACGGGAAAAUUACCAUCACAAAUUCCUAAAGCCGAAUUUGGUGGAUCCCGAUUCUUCAUUUGUCCAGAUCAACUUUCUGACGAGGUUCGUGAGAAGGGAAAGGAAGCGACCGGCAAGGAUCAGACAAAGAAGAGCAAGCAAGACCGUAAAAAAGAUAAAGAUAACAAGAAGAAGGACAAAAAACAAGUGGUUAAGAAAAAAGGACAGGACUUGUCCAUUCCGAAAUUAGAUCAACCUGCUUAUUUAGAUGAACUCGUCGCUGUCAACACUGAGUAUAACCGCGUAUGGCGUGGUCGUAAUGAAUCUGAAAAUCCGGAUCAAAAGCAUGAAGAACAUUUCAUAAUUCAUGAAAAGCGUGGCCUAAUUGGUGACGAGGUGAGAGAACAGGUGGACACUGCACUCAGAGCAGAACUCGCACUUUUGAAACAAGCUUUGGAACGGAAAAAGGGGAAAAAGGGAAAAACUAAGAGUAAAAAAAGAGGGAAAGGUAGGAAGGGCAAAGCGAAACGAAAAGGGAAACGAAAAAAGGGCAAAGACAUGACGCCUGAUAGAGAUUUAAAAUCCCUUGUGAAAGAACUUUAUGACCACAACAUCCUUCAAAGUUAUCCAACGACGCGUCUGGAUUCUUUAAUUGGCUCUUGUAGUCUAAUAAAUGGCGAGCUUCGAUCAUUUUUCAGUCAAAAUCCACAUGAUCCCAACACACAAAAUGAAGAACGACCAAUGCCAGGAGAUGCUAAUCCAUUGCCAACAUUUGGCGAUGUAAAGCGAGCUAUAAAAGAUUGCAUUAUUUUACCCUUGGGGUCACAAACCGUUCACCAAUUGAGUCCUCAUACCAAAUCUGUCCUGAUUUGCGGUCCGGAGGGUUGUGGGAAAAAAACUUUGGUCAACGCAAUUUGUACAGAACUUCAUGCCACUUUAUUUGACCUUACAGCCGAUAACAUCGUUGGAAAAUACCCAGGAAAACCGGGACUGAAAAUGUUGAUACAUUUGAUUGAUAAAGUAGGCCAUGCUUUGGCUCCAGUCGUCUUAAAAAUAGAUAAUUGUGAAAAGACGUACAUGAAAAAAGUUCCCAAAACGGACAAAACCGAACCAAGGAGAUUAAAGAAGCAGCUUGGAAAAAUGCUUAAAACAUUUCAACCUGGUGAUCAAACGAUACUAGUCGGAUUAAGUUCUGAACCUUGGGUGGCUCCUUUUAAAUUACUGAAAAAGGAUUAUCAAAAGAUCAUUUAUAUUCCUCGCCCUGAAUAUGCCACUCGGAUUCAAACAUGGAGAAAUCUUCUCCUCCCACACUCGACCUUUCUUCAUCAAGACGUCCAUUUUUCUCUUCUCACCAAACUAUCGGACGGUUGGACGGUCGGUGUUAUUAAAAAAGUUGUAAACUCUGCUAUUGAAAACCACAAGAAACUGAUAGCCAAAGAUGAAACGGAUAAAAAAUAUCAAAAUGAAGAUGAUCCAUUCACAAUGAUGGCAACGAAAGGGGCAAAAAUUAGCUCAGUUGGGAAAAAAUUCAUUCACAUGGAUAAAUUUCUGGAAGAAUUGAGCAAUUAUGAUCCAGUUUUUAUUGAGCAAGAAAAGGCUUGGAAUACUUGGUUUAAUAAGACACCACUGCAGAAGAAUAGACUAGCCAACCAAAGUGGCAGUGGGGGUGGUGCGGUGAAGGGUGAGAAGAAAAAAAGUAAGAAAAAAAGAAGAAAUGAAUAAUUUAUU